AUGCCAGAUCGUUAUAUAAAUAACCAUUUAACUUUACCAAAUAUUAAAGAUUUCGAUACAAAAAGUUUAGACCAUUUGAUUAAAUAUAAUUGUGAAAAAAUUUUAUAUAAUUAUUCUGCAUCUUUUCGUUCAAGUGAUUAUGGUGUUUAUGUCGGCUAUGCAGGAAUAGCAUAUUUAUUUUUUCAUUUAUACAACUUGACUCCAGAAUUAAAAAUUGCAGGCGACAAUGUAUCUUUACUAUGUACUACUUAUCUUGCAGGUGCACUAUCAGCUUUAGAUUAUUCCACCAGUAAACAAGUCAAGAUAAUAAAGACGGCUGUUGAUACAACUUUUGGAAGAGUUGCGAAAAUGAAACGCCCGGUAUUGAGCUUGGGUCUUUGA